UGGCGUUACUCAGAAAAUGGAUAACCGCUUUUGCUCAUUUCGUUCUUCCGGUGCCCUCGUCAACCCCACUCCCUCCCGAUGCUAACACCGUCGGGCUUGGCCGGGGGAGCGUAAUGGCGGUGCACCGGGGACCCUCUACGAAAUGGCUCUUCACCCGGGAGCAUCUCGAAAAUACACCGUCUCGACGCUGCGGAAUAGAGGCUGACAGGGAGCUCUCUUACCGGCAGCAGGCCGCCAACUUGAUCCAAGAUAUAGGCCAGAGACUCAACGUCUCUCAACUGAUUAUAAACACUGCAAUAGUAUAUAUGCACAGAUUUUAUAUGAUUCACUCCUUCACCAAAUUCCAUAGAAAUAUUAUUUCACAGACCACGUUAUUCCUAGCAGCUAAAGUUGAGGAGCAGCCCAGGAAGCUGGAACAUGUCAUUAAAAUAGCCCAUGCCUGCAUUAACCCACAAGAGCCGGCCCUAGACACUAAGAGCAAUGCAUUCCAGCAGCAGGCACAAGAGCUGGUAGCACUGGAAACGAUUGUGCUACAAACGCUGGGUUUUGAAAUAACAGUUGAUCAUCCGCACACAGAUGUUGUGAGGUGUUCCCAGCUAGUGCGAGCAAGCAAGGAUUUGGCACAGACUUCCUAUUUCAUGGCUACCAACAGUUUGCAUCUCACCACCUUCUGCCUGCAGUACAGGCCCACAGUCGUUGCAUGUGUCUGCAUCCACCUGGCCUGUAAGUGGUCCAACUGGGAGAUCCCUGUGUCCACAGAUGGCAAAAACUGGUGGGAGUAUGUGGACCGCACCGUAACGUUACAGCUACUGGAUGAGCUAACACAUGAGUUUCUUCAGAUCCUGGAGAAGACGCCCAGCAGGCUGAAGAGGAUACGAAACUGGAGGGCCAUUCAAGCAGCUAAGAAGCCGAAGACAGAGGGCCUGGCCGUAGACAGUGCCUUCCAGGGGGUGUCCUUAGAAAGCCUUCCUGGUGUCAGCAACUCCUUCUUCUCCUCCACCUCAACAUCAGACUCUACAGACAUGCCCUCCCUGAACACCAUCACAGCUCCUUACGCUUCCUACCAGCCACUCAACAACCAGUCCAAGUCCUGUGGCUAUGAGCAGUUCUCCCAGCCUCCCCAUUCAGACUUCAUACUGGUGAAACAUGAACACAAAGCUGCAGGUGGGUGUAGCAGUAAACACCAGCAGCUCAGUGUGAACACUGCAGCUUUUUCACGGCCGCAGAAAGUCUUGACUUUGGAAAAGUACAGAGAGAAACAUGCAGCAGAGCUGGCCUUGCACAACGGUGUAAUGGAGGAACCUAGCAUAGACAUGUAUUCACCUUCGCCAGCUCUCUCCUCUCACCACCAUAAGAAGCGCUCUCAGCCACAGGCCAGCCAGGCGGGUGACAGCAGGAGAGAGAAGGCCAGCUCCAAAAAGCCUCGGCUUCCUCCUUCCUUCACAGAGAAUGGCUCCGCCUCUAGUGAGGAGCUCAAAAUGAAAAUCAAAGUUUCAACAGAGCGCCACGGGGGCUCAGAGCAGGGCGGAACUGUGUCUGGAAAAGACAAGCACAAAGAGCACACCGGCCACCGCCACUUGAAACAUGGCCACUCGCACACAUAUUCCCUCAGCGGAAACAGCAGAGGAACGAUAGACAACACAUCCCUGUCUCUAAGAGCUCCCAGCAGCCACUGCAACAAUGGGAGUUCCUCUGGCUCAUCCCGUAAGAGGCCUCAAUCUGAUGCCGGCAACCACAACCAUCACCACCACCACCACCACCACUCAUCCAAGAGGAGCUCCAGAGGAGGCCUGAGCUCAUCCCACUAUUCAUCAGAGAGUCAGAGGUUGAUGGAGCACCAUGGCCACGAUGGAACUAAUGGCAUGCUGACCUCCAACGGUCAACAUACUGACUACAAAGACACUUUCGACAUGCUGGACUCAUUACUAAGUGCCCAAGGAAUGAACUUGUAACCCUCGACAGGGGAGGGUUGUCGAGGAUAAGGUAUUACCAUGUUUAAUAGAGUUUUAAAAAAUGAAUUUAUUUGUCUUAAGUUAUCUGAAUUCUGCAUCACCCUCAGUCCUGUCUACACACUGAUUAUUGAUCAUUCUCAGUAAGUUGUCAGAAAUGUAAAAUCAUAUGUGUAGAGCUGUGUACUAUUAGCUUACAACAACAACAAAAAACCCACAAAUCAUGAGAUGUUUUUAUGAAUGUGGCUGGGAAAAGGGGAUUUUAAAUGUUCUUUUAAAGCAAACUGACAUUUUAACGUGCAUGUUUUCAGUCACAAAAGGGAAGCCGGCUAGUGUUUGUAGCCACAUGACAGUUUACAAUUUUUUUUGUUGUUGUUAAGACAUUGUUCCACCAAAAAAAAUCUCAGGUCUUGAACUUUUUGAUAAAAGAACAGAUCUUCCUCUGUUUGGGUUUAUUACCUAUAUCUGUGGAGAUGUAUCACCUCGUCUGUUUGCUGACGAAGACGACAGAACCUUGGCAUCUGUCUAAUGAAUUAUGGUCUUAUUAUUUAACAAGUGCAUCCAAAAAAAGAAAAUCACUUGAGGCAGGCUCCAUUUGCUGUCUACUGGGACUUCCAAGGCUGCACCUGAACUUAAUGUGCAGACUCAUUCUAUAGCCACAGUUAAAGGUUUACGUUACAUCUGCUGUGAAAGUGCAUUUAAGAUAAAUCAGCUAAAGUUGCAAAAAGGCCUUGUGAUUGUACUUGUCAAUUUCUAUUCAAUAUGAUAAAUGUUAACUAUCAGAAAAUACAGAUCUCUAAAGUAACUGUGUAUAUAGGACUGUAGUUCAGUUUUCACCUGUUGGUUUACUGCAUCAGUCCAAACUUCAUUUCAAUGUAUCACGAGAUCUGAGGCAGACUGUAUUGAUGAACAUACCCUUGAUUUGUGCAUUGGGAGCCCAAAUAAAGGUGUAAAAGUGACUUUUA